AAAACGUGCUAGCGAUUCAAUUAUUUCGAUCCCACCCCAAUAAUCCCUUUUGAACGAAAAGGAAGAAAAAUAAUUUUAGGGUUUAAAGAAACUCCUAAUCUCACCUUCAUUUAGCAAUUUUCGAACAAUUGGCCUUGUAAGGAUCAGAUUUUCGCAGCUAUGACUGAGUAUUGGGUGAGUCAGGGGAAUAAAUGGUGUGAUUUCUGCAAAAUUUUCAUAUCGAAUAACCCAUCGAGUAUUCGAAACCAUGAGCUCGGUCAACGGCACAAAGAGAAUGUUGCUAAGAGACUUACUACUAUGCGAAAAGAGAGUGCAGCCAAAGAGAAGGAACAGAAAGACGCUGCUCGUGCUCUUGAACAGAUCGAAGCUAAAGCUAAGCGGAGUUAUCAGAAGGACGUUGCUAGUUUUGAGGCGAGAGAUUCUAGUGACCAAGCAUUAGACGGUCAAGAAGAUUGGGACUAUGACGGUAGCUCGGGUUAUUACUACAAUCAAAACAAUGGGUUAUACUAUGAUCCAAAGUCGGGAUUUUACUAUUCUGAUGCUAUAGGCAGGUGGGUGACACAGGAAGAGGCAUACUCCAAGGUUCAAGCUUCAUCAAAUACCAAAUCAAGAGAUCCUAUUUUGAAAAAGCCAUUUCCAACUUCAGGGACGGGACCAGUUGCAGAUAACAAAAGUGUUGCUAAAAGUCAAAACAAGACCGCACCGGGGCCUGUCAUUUCCGCUACUUUAAAUCCCAUGAGAUCUGUUAAAGGGGCUUCAUCCUCACUUGCUGUUAAGAGAAAAAGACAAGAUGAAAAACCCAAGGCUGUAUCUAAAGAAGAGGCGGCUGCACUAAAAGCAAGGGAAGCUGCAAAGAAGAGAGUUGAAGAGAGAGAGAAACCAUUGCUCGGUUUGUACAAGGGAUCUCAUUGAUACGGAAUGAUUCAAACAAGCAAGCAUCCUGCCGAUUCUUGAUUCAAGGGAAGCAAAAUGUCUUCAAGGAGUGGAUGACACAAACUUUGGCUGUAGGAUAGCCAAGUAACUGGUUGAUUGUCCAAGCUGCAUCUUAACGUAUUGAUUUAUGAUGUUUUAAGCUGGAAUUUAGAGUCAAUAUCGAGUCUUGGUUAAGCUUAGUUUAAAUACCUUUUGUCGUCUUCUAACACUAGCAGCUAAUAAAAUGUGCUUCUUAGGACAAAACACCAGGAGGUAAAAGUACCAUGGAGGCCUCUAUACUAGGAGUAGAAUUGUAUUUUGCCCCCUCUACUCAAAAAUUGAGUAGAUUAAUCCUUGUAAGUUAGAUCAAAGAGUAAAUUAGUCAUUCUGUUCUACUGUUAAAAACUGGUACUUGUACAUCAACAUGGGGUACACGUGGCACACCAUGCGUCACAUUCUGGUUAUUCUGUCAGCGACGUCAAUUUUUAACUGUAUAAAUAAAUUUGCUCUUUAAUUUAACGUAUAGGGACUAAUUUGUUCAUUUUUUGAGUAAAGGUGGCAAAAUGCAAUCUGACUCCCAAUAUAGAGGCCUCCAUGGUACUUUUACCGACACCGGGAUCGGUGCCCUCAGCCAUAGAUUUUUGUAUGAGAAGAAUGGGGUAGAUUAGAAGAUGCCGAGAUCGUGUCGAAGCAGGUUAGGAUAUUUUACAUAACAUGAAUGUUGUAUUGCUGUUGAACAGUGAACCAAUAUGGCAUAUCUUAACACAUUGUUGUUAUUGUAAAAUAUUGGGCUUUUUUUCUUGUGUGCUAAAACUUUGUUAGUGUUUGUGGUGCUUUGUGUUGGAAUUUUAUCAGAAUUUCCUUUUAAUUGACAUUUUGAUACUUGAUUUAAAGUCCAGUGAUUUGUAAUUUAUAACUUUGGAAUGAAGUGCUGUUGCUAAUGCGAUAAGAGGUGGUUUGGUUCGUGGAA